GGCGGUCCACUCGGCGGAGCUGCGUGCUCUGAGCCCGUGACUUUUCUCUUAGUGUUUCCCGAGGGGGCCGAGCUGCGGUCGCCCUGCCUUUAUUCGUCCUCCUAAAGAUGCAUCCUGACUUAUCGCCACAUUUGCACACCGAGGAAUGCAACAUCUUGAUUAACUUGCUUAAGGAAUGUCACAAAAAUAACCGCCCAUGUGCAUCUCCUGAUGACAGAUUCUUGGGCCCCCAGGUGCCCCUCCACUACAGCAGUGCUGUAUGGAAAUGGCUCGCUCUGUCUUCCCCCUGCACUGCUGAUUCCCCAGCGCCCGGUCCACUGCUCUCUAUAUGCAAGCACAACAUUCUGAAAUUUUUUGGUCAUUGCAACGAUCUUGAUCGGGAAAUGAGAAAGUGCUUGAAGAAUGAGUAUUCAGAGAAGAGGACCAGGAGCCGGCAGCACGGUGCUGCCAUGCGAGCAAGGCUUUCCAGCCCUCCGGAGGAAGCUGGAAAAUAGGUUCACCGGAUGCCUUGACUGCGAGACCUGAAGGUGGCUGGGAGUUGGAAAAAAAUCCCUUCUUUUGGUCUCUAUGGCCCUUUGAAUGAAAGGUGACCCAUGAAGAACGGAACCAUGGAAAAACAUGAGAAUAUGGAUUCUUAGUACUUGUUGAGCAAAAGCCUUUAGUGCCAUGGGCUGUGCCUGCCAAACAGUUUCCUCUGCUGCUGCUCCGAGUCUCCAUCCACCUACUGCCAACUCCCCUCCCACAAUAAAGUCAUCGGACAGCGUCGUCCUCCCUUUUCUUUAACCUUCUCAGGGCGAGGGAGAAAGUGAUGCCAGUAGGCCCCUCUAAGAGAAAGACAGUAGGCUCCUCUAUUUGAGAACGUGGUGGUUGGAGAUUAGGCGCUGAAGACAAAAGCUAGCAUGAGAAUUCUGGGGAAAUUCCAACAGAGUUAACUAUAUGAAGUUCCCAAUUUUAUCUUUUUAAAGAGACAUUUUCUGAAAGACCAUGUAUUUCUAGUUAGCUUACCAAUUAUGGGUGGAAGAUAUUUGAAAAAGCUUGACCUAUAGUGGGCACGUCCAUGUUCCUUCCCACUUUCUAAAUGAUACAGCACAAGAACUGCUUACCAUUAACGUCAUGUCAGGCACUAGGUAAGCUAGAGCUGGAGUGGCCACUCGUGGAAGUGUGUAGGUUUUAUGCAAAUACUUUGUCCUUAAGGGAUUUGAGCAUCUGCAGAUUUGAGCAGUGGAGGGUCCUAGAAACAGUACUGCCCAAACCUUUGAAGUGAUGAUUGACAUGGAUAACACUGCAUCCAGUUCAGGUCCCGUCAGACUCCACUUUCUCAUUUGGUUAAAUGUUCCCACCAUGGGUACCAGUUGACUCCUGGGCUUUAGCUUUAGAACCUCAGGUCUCUCUAUGUGUUCACUCCUGGCUCCUACCACUGGUUUCUGAGACCUUCAGCGGUUUGGAACCCGGCAGCUUUAGCCACAGCUCCAGCAGGGCUUCUGAGGGCUACUCAGGAUCCACAAGACAACUCAGGCUGUAAGUUUCUGCUUGUGUUUGGUGUGUAAUGCUUGUAUGAGACCUUGGUGUUUAAUAAAUGAUUUUCCUAUUGCA